AUGGGCCCGCACUCCCUUUGCUAUGAAGUCCUCUUCUUUCCUAAGCCCUUGCCCAGAGAUCACUGGUGCAAAAUCCAAGGUAAAGUGGAUGAAGAGCCUUUUCUCUCCUCUGACUGUUCUGGUGUCAAGACCAGAGCCAUAGGUAUCCUUGGAGGGAAGGUAAAGGACACAGAGACCUGGGAACAUCAAUCAGAAACACUGAAGGAUUUGGCCGAGAGGUUCAGACAGGAACUACUUGACAUUAAAUUACAGAACUGGACAUCUUCAGAUUCCCUGAAGCUGUCAGCCAACAUGACCUGUCAGCAGAACACUGGAGGACACCUCAGCACAUCCUGGAAGCUUUGCCUCAAUGAACAAGCUUGUCUUCAUUUUAACUCCAACCAAAGAAAGUGGACUGAGAUACAUCCUGGAUUGAGUAGUCUGAAAGAGCAGUGGAAAAAUGACAAAGAGCUGUGCCUCUUCUUAUACUGGACAUUGAUGGAGGACUGUGGGAGUUGGUUGACACAGUUCUUGGAGCACUGGAAGGAAAGUCUCGAGACCAGAGCACAACCCACCACCCUAGCUGUAGCAGAAUCCAGAUCUAAGACUACCAUGCUGAGCCCUGGAUACCUAUUGCUGAUCUUGACCUCCUCCAUUCUACUUGGCAUGACAGGAGAGUUCUUCGAAGUAGCAGGUGUGAUGAGCAGAACUCUGAGGGAGAUUGAAGAUACUCUCGUGAAGCUCUUGAAAACAUGA